AUUCCUAACAAUAUCGAACCCGCAUCUUCCGCGAGGAACCCAACUAUGCUACCCACGUAUGUCCAGUCCAAUGUAAGAAACGUUGUUUUAAUUUAAUAACGGGCACGCGCUCUCUUGAGAAAUCCAGUGGAAAACAGAACAAAUGAGAUCCGCUGUGACAGCCCUCUGGGCCGACUGCCCACCCUUAUAAAAGCAGCCGAGUUACCUCUGGCCCGCAGAAGCACAACCCUGCUGGCAGCUACUGGACGUUACUAUGGUCCUGAUUUGACGAAGUUCACAAAACUUUGCAAGCAAAAUGCGGAAGCGGCUGCACAUAUUAGCCUUGAUCCUUCUUAUCCUGUCAAGUAAUGCAUUUGGCGGCGGGAAUAAAACGAAAACAGCAAAAACGGCCCAGAAAACACAUCUCAAGGAAAAAGCAACCGACCGUAUUAAAAGAUCUGCCGAUUAUGACGAAAACGAUGAACAAUUUUGGGCUAAUCGUGGAAAGAGACAAGUCACUCAUAAAGAUUUAACUAAAGAGUAUAUUGAUCAAGAAGUAAAUAGACAGUUUCCAAAUAUAAAGAAUAAACUCUAUAAUGAACCACCUUUUUGGGGUAACCGAGGCAGGCGUUCAUCUGAAGAAAAUUACAAUGAUUCCGAUCUUGGUUCUGGUAAUAAUGAUUACUACAGUUUUACAACAGAACAAAAGCUCAACGGGCAUCCAAGUUUAAAAGACAGAAGGGAAAAUACGCUUCCCUUUUGGGGUAACCGAGGGAGGCGGAAUUCAGAUGAAAUACAAGUUGACAAUGAUGUUGGUCCAUUUUGGAGUAGUAGGGGCAGACGACAAGAGGAAGAACCAUUUUGGGGUACCAGAGGACGAAGAGAAAAUAAUUUACCAUUCUGGGGUAACAGGGGAAGACGAGACAAUGAGCCAUUUUGGGGAAGCCGAGGUAGAAGGGAAGAAAAUGAGCCGUUUUGGGGUAACCGCGGAAGAAGACAAGAUGAAGAGCCUUUUUGGGGUAACAGAGGAAAAAAAGAAGAUGAAGAACCAUUUUGGGGAAAUCGUGGAAAAAAAGAACUUGACACUACUGAACCUUUUUGGGGAAAUAGAGGCAGGCGAAAGGAAAAUCUCAAAGAAUCUAUAAUGAAAGCUAUCAAUAAAGUUGAAAGUGAUAUAGACUAUUUAUCCAGGCUUAAAAAAGACGCAACUAAAUUCAAUGGACAUUUCUGGAAAAAUAGAGGAAGGGAUAGUCAGUUAAAGUAUUUAUUUGAUAGUAAUCGAAUGAAAAAUCAGCAUGGCGUUGGACGAAUCCCUUUUGAGUUGACUGUGAAGCCAUCUGUCUCCAGUACUCUAUUCGACGAUCGAAUAUAUGCUGAUCAACCUAGUUAUAUUUUAGUAGAAAGAAACAGUCGAUCAUCAGCUGAAUCCCUAGAUCCCUACUAUAUAUCCAGAGGCAAAAAGUACUUUAAAACAUCUAGGGGUAGACGCAACGCUAUGGAAGAAAUAGUCAAAUCGGUACGAAACGAUCCUUUUUAUAUAGCAAGAGGCAAGAAGGAUUUUCAAGACAUGAAUUUAACACACCCAAACACUCAUGAUGGGUUUUUAAAGGCUAAAGAACUCAUCUGUGCAACUAUUGAACUAACAUUAAUGAAUAAUGAAGGCAAAGAUAUGAAAAGAGAAAUAAAUGAAGACAGAGACAGAAGAAACAUUUUGAAGAAGUUAGCAGCUCAGCUACAAAAUGAUCCGUAUUUUGUUAGUAGAGGCAAGAAAAAUGAAAGCAAAGAAAAUGAAGUCGAAGAAUUCAUUAGUCAAAUAGUUGCUAUGUGUAACUAAAAUAU